AUGAAAAGAGAAGGAAGGAAGAAAAAAGAAAAAAGAAAGAGAGGCAGAGGGAGGGGAGAGAAGAGCAGAGAGAAAAAAGAAAAAAGAAAAAUAAAAAUAAAAAAGAGAGAGCAGAGCAGAGGAGAGGAGAGAAGGAGAGAGCAGAGAGGGAGGAAAAAGAAAAAGAAAAAAGAAAAGAGAGCAGAGGGCAGAGAGAAGAGGGGAGAAGGAGAGAAGGUGACCCGCAGGCGAACAGGUGAGAAAAGAAAGCCUGCACUGCCAAGCCUUCCUUCCUCUCUCCCUCUCUCCUCUACAUCCUCCCUCCCUCUCUUUCUCUCUGCCUCUGCCUCUGCCUGUCUCUCUGCUCUCCUCUCUCCCCAGGCCUCUCUCCCCUCCCCGCGCUGCGCACGCGCCAAGGCGCACACACACAGCUCUCCACACGCCCCUUUUGCCGAGCCGCCCUGCGCCUGCGCGCGCGAAAGGAGGUUAAGCACGCCCCCGCGCCCAAGGACUGCGAUGGGAGACCGCGUCGCGCCCGAGAUAACGCACCCACCACGCGACGGCCUGCGGCCUCCUGAGAGUUCGACCGACCGAUGUGCAUGCACGCACGCACGCAUGGAUGGAUGCAUGCAUCCCGCGUCAGGAGUGAUACCCGCCAGGCGCUGGCGCGCUUUGUUUUGCCUGCCCUCUGCCAACCCCCGAUCUGUGUGCUUGGCUGACGUGACGUGGCGUGACGUGACACCGCCUUUCGCCCUGUGCCAAGGCACCUAUCUGUCCACCGCGGCCCGAGCACUCCCUGUGUGCACGAGCGAAAACACCCCCCGUCCCUGCCCGACAGAACGCCCUCUCUGCCUCCCACAAAUGAAUGAAUAUGAGAGAAUGAAUGAGAGAAAGAAAAAAAAGUCUGCGCAGAAAAGAAUGCACGCUUUAUUUUGCGAGGCAGAGAAGAAAGACCCUCUGCCCACGCCAACUCUCCGCCUCCCUCCGCCCGGUCUGUGUGUUCGCCCUGCCCAAAGGGAAAUCACCCCCGCCUUUAAGGGUGUUCGCCUGCGGCUCACGGGGAGAACACCUGCCCACACACCACCCACGCCCUGCGCACCCUUGCUUACUCCUCUGCCUCCGCCCUUCGAAUUCUCCCCACGGAAGGGAGAAGACACCGACCGACAGAGGGAGGGAAACCCUCCUCUCUACCAAGCCUCUCUCCAAUAA